AUGGCAACCGACUCUCUCCGCCCAGAGAGCCUCCAAGGGAAACUCCGGCAGCUGCAGGACUAUUCUGCUUGCGAUGUCUCAGACGCUCUGCUCAAAUUGCAGAAGAUCAAGCCUGGCGAGGUUGCGCGAGCUGGAUUCCUCGCAGAUAUUGGGCCCAUCCCACCACCACAGACACACACCGAGACAGGGCAAAGGAUCGCUGCUCCGGCAUCUACCUUGAAACUUGUGCCAAAGCAGUCCCCCCCUGAGGUAGCGCCACCGGCCGAAAAUACGGUGCCUAAGGGGAGUCACUGGGUAGAUCUGACCGAGGCCGGAACUGUGGUCGUGAUCGAUCAACCUGAAGGCCAGAAGUGUGCAGCCGUUGGGGGCAUCAUGGCCCAACGUAUGAAGGCCCGAGGAGUUGCAGGCUGUGUAGUCGGAGGACGGGUGAGAGACAUGGCUGAGCUCAGACACUCUCGAUUGCCCAUAUUUGCUUUGGGCAAGUCCACUGUCGGAACAAAUGCCGAGUCGACAGUAUAUGCUCGCAAUGUCCCGGUAUCCAUAACCGGCGUGAGCGUGCUUCCGGGCGACAUUGUGUUCUGUGAUCCUCUCGAAGGCGUGGUGGUCAUCCCGCAAGACUUACUUGACGAGACUUUGUCAUUGAUGCCGAAGCUUGUCUCGGCCGACGACAAGAUCAAAGAAGCAGUGGCACAGGGAAUGACUGUGGCAGAGGCAUUCAAGGCUUUCAGAAGUUGA